GCCACUCUCUAGUAACUUUAAUACUUGCACUGAACAACGUAGCAGCAGUUUGUAAGGGCAUUUCGAAACUUCAACAUGAAUUACGAUUGGAUUUUGGACGGCGGGUAUCUGCCACAGUCGGUGAUUCGUGUAGGCAUCCGACGGCAACUCCGAGAUCGCAUCCAAUCCAUCCAGACCACGUCUUUGGGAGAUGGCAUGGAGCGCAAGAUGGCCUAUUUAGACCAGCUGCGCACACGGCCUAUGGCCAUUGAGACGGACAGCGCAAACACGCAACACUAUGAAGUCGGCACUGGAGUUUUGGCGGCGUGUCUAGGGCCGAGGAUGAAAUAUUCGUCUUGCCUUUACCCAGAGGGCGGGGAGACGCUGGCCGAGGCCGAAGUUGCUAUGCUGAAGUCGUACAUGGUCAAGGCAGAGUUGAAGGACGGCAUGAGCAUACUGGACUUGGGUUGCGGGUGGGGAUCUGGAGCUCUUUACUUUGCCGAGAUGCUGCCCAAGUCGCACGUCACGGCCUUCUCUAACUCGCGGACGCAGAAGGAGUACAUUGACUCAGUGGCCAAGGCCAAGGGCUUCACGAACCUCAACGUUAUCACAGGCAAUGUCGUCGACUACGAAUUCGAGGCCGAGUCCUAUGACCGCGUCGUCUCCAUCGAGUUGUUCGAGCACAUGAAGAACUAUGAGCUGCUCAUGGCCAAGAUUGCGUGGGCGCUGAAGCCUAAGGGUAAGCUAUUUGUACAUCUGUUUGCCCACAAGACGACCCCGUACGACUACGAAGAGGGCUGGAUGACGACACACUUCUUCACGGGCGGGACGAUGCCGUCGAGCGAUCUGCUGUUGUACUUCCAACGCGACCUUCAGAUUCAGCAGCAGUGGUGGGUCAAUGGGCGGCACUAUUCGCGGACAUGUGAGGACUGGCUGUCCAACAUGAUGGCAAACAAGAAGCAAAUAUGGCCACACCUCGUAGAGACGUACGGGGAGGAGAAUGCGUCGACAUGGUAUAACCGGUGGCAGAUCUUUUACAUGGCGUGUUCGGAGCUGUUCGCGUACAAGGGAGGAGACACCUGGGGAGUCGCACACUAUCUGUUCGAGAAGCCGAGCGCGUGAGCUGUGUUUGUUGGUGUAGAUUUUUCAUUGUUCCAUAGGCCCUAUGUACACUGCGCCAAAGACCUCCCGUUGUUGGGCGAGGCGCCAACCUUAUUGCGGUCGUAGCAGGAAUAAUAGUACAUGCCGUCGUCGUUUAGUGAUCCCAAGGGUGCUUCAGACCCAGGAGGACCGCACCUGUGAGGAGAUUCGUGUGAGUGAUUGCGGAUAGAGAGGUGCCAGUUGGCGGAGUAGAGGGAGAGGGACAGUGUUAACAUACCUUCCUUCUUGGCACGGUACA